GCCCUGGUGGUCGUCAUUGUCGGCGGCGAAGGUGACCUGCUCGCCCUUGGACUUGUCGCCGGUGCGAAGCGAGAGGCCGAGCUGGCCGGCCUUGGUGUUGUAGAAGAGCUGGAUGCUCUUUUCGUCGGGGACGGCGGGGUUGACGAGGGUAGCGAUGGCAGGCAUAGCGGCGAAACAGCGGAGGUGCAAAGUCAAGAGAAUUACAGAGAAGACCAACCCGCGACAAAAGAACAAAUCUGGGGACGCCCAGACUCCCCAUAUCCAGCCGGCGUCUGCCCUCACACGCCUCCUUGCAUCCCGAGAUGUCGCGAGGACGAGCCCAGACAGCGGGGUAAGGCGCUAACGGCGCCUCCUGCACCGUCAGCCAGCUGAAGGCCCAAAAGCAAGAACUAAGUCCAGGUGAUGCGCCAAUAUUGCAACGAUGCAGACGGUGCAGCCCUUCGGAGAUGUUGCACUCCAGGGCGUCUUGAUCCACGCCCCGACAAAUGCAUAUAUUGACAGUGUCAGCAUUCAGCUGCUGCAACCCGAGCGGGAUUGCCUUUUUGGGCAAGGUGCAUUUACCUGCAGACCAGCUUCUAGGGCUGCAUGGUCUAGAACCCAGGGGUCCAUCCUAGCUACGCCAGCCACUGGAUUCCGUCACCAUCCGUCAGUUCUGUCGACCAUGUCGGCAUCGGGGCCCCUAGCAACCUGGCGCGUCAAGCACUAUCAAUCCCGAUCUAGAGCAUUGCCUGUUGGUGUAGUAAGAUCUCGCCUGUAGCAAGCAAUCUGUGGUGUUGGUACAGCAAGCCAUCCCCGCAUCGCCAACAUGCCCAUCUUCUCGGGAGGCAAGAGCACCGCCAUCAACUCGCCUCGCCAUCUGACCCUCCGCCAUGCCCGCAAGGUGGCCGAGGCGCAGCGGCGCGAGCUCAACCUUCCGGGGCCCGCUGAGGCCGGGGCGCUGCAGGUCAUGAGCCUGCCGAGCUCCAAGGCCAUGGCGUUUGCCGUGGCUACCGGCGAGGAUGAGGAUCCGCUCGACAGUGUAGAGCUCAAGCCCGGUGAAGAGAAGCUCAACUCGUUCUGGGCGCCUGGCCUGAUCGCCGGGCGCGCCCACCACAUCAAGGUCCGGCAGGAGAUCGAUGCCAAGAACGCUACCGGUGACAAGUCGAGCGAGAAACUGCGCCUGACGGCCGAGCAAGAGUUUUUUGUGGACGCGCCGCAGUUUUCGUUGCCCGACGGCAGCGUGCACUCAGUUCAUCCGCCGCCAGGCUACGCCGACGAUGCCCGGGUGCUGCCGCACGUCGUCCUUACGGACCCGCAUCUGCCUUGGGAGCGUGACGGCAGCCCCUUGACUGAGGGAGAGAACGACCCGGAUCCGCGCAACCGGGUGCCGUGGCUUGUGCUUGUCUCCUUUCAGCAGGAUGAGCUUCUCCUGCCCCCUGAAGAUCUGGAAGGCAUGUUCAAGGCCACCAGCGCUGGUGUCAUCAAGCCCGUGAAGCAAACGCCGACCAUGACGGUCAGCACGAGCAUCGCGGAUCUGUGGGCACUGGGCUCAAACGAUGUGACGUCCCCUGUCACCUCCGACCUGGGGCCAGCGUCCAUGAAGGACAGCCGAGGCGACUUUGUAUUUCUCAAACCUGACCUUUUCCAGGCCCUCUUUUCCAAGUUCGAGGGCGGCAAGCGGAUCGACUCUGCAAGCCCCGACACGACAGUCUACCGCUUCAUGUCGCAUGUGCGCAAGAUCAACGGCUCCGGCAUGGCACUGGCCGGCGUCGAGGACACGGCCAUCUUCUCCAUCGUGGUCGGCAGCCGUGCCGGUCCGCUCGAUAUCAAGACCCCAACCGUCGUUUCCACACACCUGCUCUCCAUCGAGGGCGUCGAGAACAUGAAGCUGCCAGUGGCGUCCAAGUACGUGGCCCUGUGCUCACUGCACAGCUGGAACUACACGGUCCAGCCGCCCGGUAUGCUCAACGUCCACGAGGGCUUUGUCGACCUUGGCCGCAAACUCGACGUCCUCGGCCCGCCCCAGCGCAUCCUGGACAAGGUGCGCUCCGCCACCGAUGCUGCAUCCGUCAGAGCAGCAGCGCGCCUGGCCGACGGCUACUCGAUGGUGCGCUACCGGAUGCAGACUGGAGAGAUCACGGCGGCGCUCUUCCGGGGACCCUUCACGCCGACGGUGGUCCCGCCGCUGGCCCACCUGGACAAGUGCUCCAACUCGGGAAUCGACCUGCAGAUCCUGGACAAGGAGGUCGGCCUGGUCGACAUCUCGUACUCGGUGGCCUGGCAGGUCGGCCGCACUCUGGCCCUGGGCGACGAGGGCUUCACGGCCGCGCUGGGGCGACUGCGUACCAUGAUCCAAGAGCCAGCCAUGCGCGAGGCCAAGCGUGACAUUGUCAACAGCGCCGGGGCCAACGUUCUCAGCCGCGCCGAGCUGCUGACCGACCUAGCUGGCAUGGUGGAUAACCUUUCCGCGGUUCAGCUUGGUGGGGACGGCGACGGCACCAUAUUUGAGCCUGGUGGCCCCAGAAAACGCUGGUUCCGCCACCGUCUGACACGCCGCGAGAUUCCCAACCUCAGCUACACGUCAGCGGCUGUCAAGGAGAGGUAUCCAGACACAGCGCUUGCCGCGGCGACGGCGUUGGCUGCCAGCACAGACGGGACCAUCUUCAACGAAACCAACAUCCCGGUGUCGACCGACUGGAUGCUGGUGCUUUCGUGGCUGGUCGACCGCAUGUACCUGGCUGGUGUGCCGGCGCACUACCUCAUAUCGGACCCGUCGCACCUCGAGCCCGAGUCGCUGCGCUUUUUCUACAUUGACCCGAACUGGGUAGACGCGCUACUCGACGGCGCACUCAGCCUUGGGAACCACCUAGGCUUUGACCAGGACCGCGUCGCCAUCAAAAAGGCUCUCAACAUGUACAUCCAGAGCACAGAAACCUCGCCCACGUCGCCUCAGAUCCCCACGUACGGCUUCUAUCUACGCUCCGACCUUGUCACUAUGUUUCCGGACCUGCGCGUUACGACGCUGCCACCGCGGCCGCUGCUGCUAGACGGCCCGCCAGACCGAGCGCCACUGCUCCGGCACGAGAUUGUGGCCGACGGCGUCAUGAUGGGCCUGUUUGACCGGCUGCCAGGCUCGCCCGAGUUUACCAGCCUCGUGUUUACACAGCCGCCGCACCAGCAGCGCUUCGCCGCGGGCUUUCUUGUAGAGGAAGCCAAGCUCGGCGUCGAGGUCAAGCGGCAGUACACUGUCGAUCAGCCGACGCGGGAGACGGACGAGAACCGCCACGACACACUCAAAACCAUCUACUAUACCCCCGACUCGGCCGACAGCCCCUUUGUGUGGGGAUCCGAGCCCGGAGAGACGGACCUGCGCCUGCUCCAACCCGAGAAGUAUGCCCAACUGCAGAUCGCCACGCUCCAGUCCAUGCCAACACAGCCAAACAAGCCCGACGGCACGCCAGGCGACCCGUACUUUUCCGAGGACAAGCCCACGUCGGCCCUGCUGGCCAUGCAGCUCAACGACCCCAACUACAACCUGACGGUCAACUUUGAGACGCCCGAGGCUCGUGUUGCGCUAAUGGCCUUGUCGGGACCCGACGAUGCGCCCCGCACACUGCUCCGGCUGGAGCCGCCGACUGUCGAGCGUAUAGGAGAAGAGGACAAUGCCAGCGACGACGAGUCCAGCCCUUGGGAUGGCUCUGACGACGAGACGGUGUACGAGAGGCACGAAGCCUACCAGGCCCCCAAGCAUCUCUUGGCCAGCAAUGCUCCACAUGUCGGACUCCUGCCGUCUGUCAAGCUGGCAGAGGACGACAGGGUCAAAGGGCCGAUUCCCGUGCUGGCGGCCAUGGCCAUGGCGCCUGCAUCUGUCUCUGCAACCGGCGCGGCCUCGCGAGCAUCCGCCCCCGCUUCGUCACCCGUCUUCGACACGGUCAUCAACAGCCGCGGCACCAACACGGUCGUCCUGCUGCGCACGCCCAACCUGGCCCAGGAUCUUGUCUUUAGCAUCCGCGUGGCCAGCGACAGGGCCAGCCAGUGGCGCCUGCGCGAGCUGUCGCUCCGGAUCGAGCUGGGCGCGCCGGCCGCCACCAAGCAGGACCGCGUGUACCUGAUGGAGCGGUACGACGGGCCCGGCCCCGCCAUGCUGAGCAACCUGCGCUUCAACGUGCUGGCGUCGAACCCAACCAUCAAGGGCACGCGCUACCUGCAGCUGCGCCUGCUGCCGCGGUCCAGCAAGGGCUGGAUCGACAUGUCGACCGUGACCGACAUGAGCUUCCUGUUGUCGCUGGCCAAGGUGAGCAGCCUGCCCGAGCGGACGAGGCAGCUGAUGGUCAAGAGUUGGGCCGACUACAUCACGGAGCAGGGCAUCAUCACGACGGUGGACAAUGUGGACACGCUGGUUACGGUGGUGGAUAGUAGGUUCAGUACAGUCUAGUAUCUGAGUAUCUGGGAUAAUGCCGUUCAAACCUGCAAAGUUUGCUGUCGCUUGAUCUCCUCUUCGAUAUGCCCUCGGCACCCUGACUUUUCGCACUCCCUGAGCUUGAACUCCAUGACAUCAUCCGCCUGAGGAAACCGGUCUUCGCAGCUCCAUCUCUUGUCCACCUUGUUCGCAUCCGCGGGCUCAAAAAGAAUUCGGAACAGCUGGAUCGCCGUCAAGGCCUUGAACUGGAUCAGAUUGCCGCUCCGCCGAAGCUUGGAGGCACCCACACUGAUCAG